AACGUCAGUGAUGAAUGCUGCUCUUCAUGAGCAAUCAUCCCAAGUAAUAGCAGACAAUUCAUUAUCAGCUGUAGAACCAGAACAGCAAGAGUGUAGUACAGAAGAAAGUGUCACCAAUCUUGAUUCUGAUGAUACAGGAUCUCUCUAUAGGUGGACAACAUCUUGUGUAUUACUCUUGCUUCAAACCUACAAGGAAAACGAGGAAAAAUUCACCAAUGGGAAACAAUCCCAAAAGAAAACAUGGGAGGAGAUUUCCAAAAUAUUAAAAUGUAAAGGACAUAAUAUAACUGGGCUAAUGUGUGCUGCCAAAUUGAGAAGUUUGAAGAAAACUUACAAAUCAAUCAAGGACCACAAUAAUAAGUCAGGCAAUGAUAGGAAGUCUUGGCAAUUUUUUGAGAUCAUGGAUGAAAUUUUUUCCAAAAAAGCAUGGUGUGUCCCUGUGGCCAUUGCAUCUUCAUCAGGCCUAUCUAAAACGCAUGAAAAAGAGAAUAAUAUUAAAUCUGAUAGUGAAUGUACAGUUGAGCCAUCAAGAUCCAAACAGAAUAUGUCCACACUGCUUGCUAAAAGAUUAAGACAAAAAGAAGAACAUGAAGAAGCAAAAAAAAAACGACACAAAGACAGGAUGGAAAUGGAUGAAAAAUUUCUGUCAGUUCUCGAAAAGUUAGCCAAUAAAUAAUUUAGCAUUUAUUAUUCAUUGCAUCACUGUGAUAAAUGUGCCAAUGA